GUCACUUGUCUUGCUUGUUUCACUGGUCUGCCUCGAGUCGAAUCGUGUUUCCUAGAUUUCUUGGACUCUUUUUAAAUAAAUAACAUCAAAGCUUCUUUCAAGAUGUCGAAAGUGACUUUUAAGAUUACGCUGACUUCGGAUCCGAAAUUACCUUUUAAAGUGUUGAGCGUACCGGAAGCGACGCCAUUCACAGCCGUACUGAAGUUCGCAGCUGAAGAGUUCCGCGUGGAGCCGGCCACCAGCGCCAUCAUUACCGACGACGGCAUCGGCAUCAACCCCCAGCAGACUGCCGGUAACGUGUUCCUGAAGCAUGGCUCCGAGCUGCGACUGAUUCCUCGGGAUCGGGUGGGCCACAUAUCCACAUAGACAUUCCACGAUGAGGGUAUUUCCCAUCCGCUUCAUACAACUGAUUUACACUUUCUCUGUAUCGUCGUAAUACGUAGACCUUAUUGCAACGAAAUAAGACAUAUCAACGGCCAGUUCAGUUUAAUGAUGUUAUUACAGUUCUUCUUCUUCUUGUUAGGGCUAUAUAAGGCUUUAUAGCCUAUGUAUCACUGCGACCAUCCCUGAUCUAUUGUGAUCGCCACCUACUACAACUCUCGAUCCCUACCUGCAACUUCAAACAGUUAUUACAGUUGCCAUCAGAUAUAUUGGAGCUGCCAAGUUGUUCACAAUCUGGACACGCCUCUAUUGUCAAGGCGCUAGAGUGCGUGUUCAGAUGUUUUUGAGCACCUCGGCCGCUCCGAUAUAUUUGAUGGCGACUGUACCAAGUACCUACUGGUAGACAUCGGAAAAUACACAGCCCGACAAUUCAAUUGUAUGUUUUAGCAAUUCAACAAAAAAAAAACAGUUUAAAAAAAAAUUAUUACUCAUAAAUACACAGUAGUACUUUACACUUUGGCAGCUGUGUGAGUAGCUGUGUGUGUGGGUGUACACGGUACCGAACCAAGUAUGACGGGUCACCCAUGGAUUUCAAAGACCUCACGAGCGACGCUAUCGACUACUUAAGGAAUGCUAAAUUUAAGUUAUGAUAAUGCAUGUUAAUAUUUAAAAAACACAGUGUAUAAUGCCAUACGAUAAAUAAAUAAAUAACAGAAAAAGUGUAGUCUGUAUUUAUUAGAUUUCAGUUGUAUGAAACGCAUGGGAAAUACCCCAUUUAAUUUUAAGCUUGAUUUUUAUAUCAACAAAUAUUUUACCAUUACCGCUUAAUAUAUAAUUGAUGUUUUCAAUAAAAUCAAAAAAUAC